ACUGCAAGUCUGUUAGCAGUUCACUCAAGUUCACUGGUAAUUACAUACGUUCUUUGUCUCGCUUCAGAUACCAUACACCGUUAUCAUUCCGUUGAGAAAUUUGCAUAUGUCGCAAGUUCGCGUUCGAGCAAAGGAAUAUGUGGAACUUCACGACCAAGUACAAACUAGCGUUAGCCUGCUAGAUUCUUUAGAAACGUUCCUUUCAACAUUUCAGAAGGAUUUGUCGUCAGUCUCGGGUCAAAUUUCCGAACUCCAGGACAGAAGUAAGGAUAUUGAAAAUAGACUAAAGAGUCGAAGGAGGAUUGAGAAACCUUUGUCCAACCUUCUCUCAGACAUGACCAUCCCUCCAUCCCUGGCGACUUUAAUACUAGACACUGACGUCGGCGAACCUUGGAUACCAGCCAUUGACGACUUUGAAAGACGGUUAGACGCUCUGAAGGCUCGUUCUCGUGUUAAGGCUGCUAGAGACCUCGCAGAAGUUGCCGAGGGUUUACGCAUAGUGGCAGCAACUAAACUGCGUAGUUUUUUCUUGGCACUACUGCAACCAGUCCGCACCAAUAUGUCGGCGAAUAUGCAAGUCAUCCAAACAUCGAUAUUCUUGAAGUACAGACCUUUAUUCGCCUUUCUACAACGUCAAGCAGUCAGUGUAGCCCAGGAAGUACAAAGGGCCUACAUAGGUGCAUCACGCACAUACUAUGAAACGGGAUUUCGUCGGUACAUCCGUAGUCUCGGAUGGAUAAAAGCCAGGACCCCAGAGAGGCUUGAGACCAUAGUCGUAGGGGCUGGUGAGAAGCAAGACUCCCCGUUGGAUGCAGAACGCCUUGGGUAUGCAAAGAUAGACGGACCUAGCGUUAUCCUUGCCUACAUGGCCGACGAUAAGGCUCAC